AUGACUAAGCACGAUUAUCCAGAGUUAAAGACUCGUUGCUUGAAUAUUGGUAGUAUCAGACUUGAGUUCAGCUUUGUCGACAACAGUGAUUUGGUCGGUGCAGCUUUGGCAUGGGAUGGACGGCGUAUUUCUUCUGAUAAAGCAAAGCCGGGUCUAGCCCCUACUGGCACCUCCCCAAGAAGUGAUCAAUUCGAUAAAGAGCUUGGGAAGAGUGACAUCAGCUUGGUUGAUUCGGCGCCUGGUGAAGGUACCCUGGACGCUGACACAACUCCAAAGGCAAACCCGGUAAUACCAGCAUCUGUUAUCCCACCUAUAACUCUCGAUGAGCUUCCAUCCACCUCAGAACAUGGAACUGAGGCCUUUACAUCGCCAUCAUCUGGCCCAACCAUAGGCCUGGAUGCUCAAACGAAGCCCAUAUCCAAUCCAGGCCUUCAGGUCCCGCCGUCACCAACGAUGACAUUUGAUCCGCCUGCUCCGGUUAUUGAAGCACAAGAGCAGUGUCUUUCUACAUCAACAAGAACAUCAUUGAUGCCCCCACCACCUCCUCCACCCGCUCCUCGAGCUUCCCCAAGGGCUUCUCUCCGCCCUCCACCUUCUGCUGCGGCCUCUCUUCGUGUCCCACCCGGAUCACGCCUUACAACCAGCACUCUACCCGUCCUACCUCUCCCAGGCAAACCACAACGCUCAUCUCGACCUGUUAUUUUGGAGCCAGGCCAUUCUCCACUUGACUGGGCAGCUCUGACGUCAAACCCACGAAAUAAUCUUCGAGGCGCAAACCUGCCCCCUACACUGAUCAGGGUCACACCGUCGAUGUUAAAGCAAUAUAACGGACGUAAGGGCCGUGAUGCAUGGACGUCCUACCAAGGGAAGGUGUAUAAUAUCACACCGUUCGUGCCGUUUCAUCCUGGUGGGAAAGGAGAACUCCUGCGUGGUGCUGGCAAGGAUUCGGAGAAGCUGUUUGCUGAAAUCCAUCCCUGGGUGAACUGGGAUGGGAUGCUGGCAGAAUGUAUGGUUGGAAUUUUGGUAUCCGAGCAUGUGGCCAGUGAUAAGCAAGACGGGAAGCUUGAUGAGAUGGAUUGA